AUGUCGUACCCUCUGGACGAGGUGACGGUCACCUACCAGGACCGCGUGGCCAUUAUCGCCUUGAACCGACCCUCAAAGCUCAAUGCCAUGACCGGUGUACAUUACUACCUCCUCGGUAAGAAGAUGCGAGAAGUUGCAGAAAGGGAUGACAUAUAUAUCACCGUCCUCACGGGGACUGGAAGGUUCUUCUCAGCCGGUGCAGACUUUUUGGGAAGUGCGCCACAAACGGACGAUAACAUAGAUGGACGCCGGGGUUAUGUCCAGGGCUUUGUUGCCAAUAACAUCGACCUGACACAUACCUUCUACACACACCCAAAGAUCCUCGUUGUCGCCCUUAACGGACCCGCUGUUGGAUUUUCCGCAGCUCUGACCGCUUUCGGUGACUUUAUAUAUGCUACUCCCCAUGCCUACAUUCUCACUCCCUUCUCAUCUAUCGGAUUAGUCACAGAGGGAGGCUCCAGCCAUGCAUUUGUCAAGCGGAUGGGCCUGGCUAAAGCAAAGGAAGCUCUUGUUAUGAGCAAACGUAUCUCGUCUGAGGAACUGCUACAAACAGGCUUCGUCAAUAAGAUUUUCACCCCGGCAAGCGGAAAAGAGGAGGAUUCGGAUGCAUUCCUCAAGAUGGUUUUGCAUGAAAUUGAUAUGACAUUAGGCACUCAUUUGAACCAGGAGAGCAUGUUGAAGAUUAAGGCGUUGAUUAACGCACCAGAUCAAGACAUACUGGACAGGCAGAAUGUCCGUGAGGUUUUCGGGGGACUAGACCGUUUUGUUUCUGGUAUCCCACAAGCUGAAUUUAUGAAGCUUGCCUCUGGUCAGAAGAAGCAUAAACUAUAG